AUGUCUCCUCCGGUCAUCAGAGUGCACUCCACCGUCCACGUUUCCUCCGAGACUCAAGACUCUGAGAACCAUCCACCUGCAGCCACUCCUCAGCUCACCUCUGUCCUCACCCCCAUCCUCACCCCCGUCCCACUACCCUCCAUCGCCACAUCAGCUGUCCCGCCCUCACCCCCUGGUCUCCUGCCCUCAGAGGUCCUUCCCGUCUCUGUGUCUCCAAGGUAA